GCUCCCGCUCCCACCCGCACGUCGUCGCGAAUGACCCGCCUCCACUUGUCGGCCAAGCCCACUUGGCCCCGCCAACACCUGUCCCACCUCCCCCUUCCCGCUAUAAAACCCGACGCGCCGACCGAGCGCACCCACAGUCCCGGACACGAUCACACGACUGCAUAAUUGUGCUCGCCGCCGGCCCCCGGGACGUGACACAUCGCACGGCCAAAGCUUGCUACUUCCGCAUCUGCCUGCUUGCCGUGUUGCCCGUGAGGCCGGCACCUUUGUAUGAGGAGGCGGAGGAUGGGGGCACUGCACGUCGGCGAACCAAGGGUCAGCUUCCAGCAGCAGCAGGUCGCCAGGAACGGGCGAGGCGCCGUCGUCGAGGAGAUCCACGGCCUCAUACGCGUCUACAAGGACGGCCACGUCGAGCGCCUCCCCGCGAUCCCCGACGUCCCAUGCACGUGGGGCGGCACGGCACCCGGGGCGCAGGGCGGCGUCGUGGCGAGGGACGUGGUGAUCAACCGGGCCACGGGCGUGUGGGCACGGCUGUACGCGCCGACGACGGCGUCCGUCGGAGCGGGAGGGAGGCUCCCGGUCGUGGUGUACUUCCACGGCGGCGGGUUCUGCGUCUGCUCCGCCGCGUGGAGCUGCUACCACGAGUUCCUUGCGCAGCUCGCCGCGCGGGCGGGCUGCGCCGUGAUGUCCGUGGACUACCGCCUCGCGCCCGAGCACCGCCUGCCCGCCGCGUUCGACGACGGGCUCGCGGCGGUGCGGUGGCUGCGGCACCAGGCCGCCGCCAGCCGCGCCGCCUCCGACGAUCUCUCCUGGUGGUGGACCCGCUGCAGCUUCGACCGCGUGUUCCUCAUGGGCGACAGCGCGGGCGCCAACAUCGCCUUCCACGUCGCCGCGCGGCUCGGCCAGGGCCAGCUCGGCGCCCUAUCGCCGCUCGCCGUCAAGGGCGCCAUCCUGGUCCAGCCCUUCUUCGGCGGCGAGGCCCGCACCGCGUCCGAGAAGACCAUGCCGCAGCCGCCGCGGUCCGCCCUGUCACUCCCCACCUCGGACUGCUACUGGCGUCUGGCUCUUCCCGCCGGCGCCAGCCGCGACCACCCCUGGUGCAACCCGCUGUCCCGCGCCGCGCCGCGUCUGGAGACCCUCCCGCUGCCUUCGCUCCUCGUGUGCGUCUCGGAGACGGACAUCCUCCGCGACCGCAACCUGGAGCUGUGCAGUGCCAUGCGCAAGGCCGGCAAGAGCGUGGAGCAGGCCAUGUACGGCGGCGUCGGGCACGCGUUCCAGGUGCUCCACAACUGCCACCUGUCCCAGCAGCGGACGCAGGAGAUGCUCGCCCACAUCAAGGCCUUCCUCAGCGCGAGGUAGUCGGUGCAAUUAACUAGCUACGUAGCUAACACUCGCCUUGAUCAAUGCAUCCUGAAGAGUAGAUGCCGUGUAAGCAAGCUUGUGAAUUGUGUGACUUGCAGUAGUACGUGUACUCGAGUAAAAAGCGUCCAAUACCCAACUUGGAUUGUUGCAGCGUUAUCGGAAAGCAAAAGUCUAGCAGAAAAAAUAAUAAGCACGAUGUCGCCGCGCCAUGUAUGAUUACUGCUCAUUACUCAACAAAGCCGGAUACUAUUUUAAA